CAGAUGGGUGCCGAGAAGUCGGUUUGCGCAUCCAAACGUGGAUCCAACAAUUCAGGCUUCGAAAGGAAGUCAGAAGAUGACGACGUAGGCAUAACUAGUGUGACCCUCGAGAGCUGUACAUACACCCCGAUUCAAGGACCCCAAGAGGCACCCCUGACAUGACUGAAAACGCGUGUACACGUAGGUGAAAAAAUUAAUCAGACCGCCACCGAAUUUUGUUCGUUUCUCGACGACACAUGCGCUCGCGCGCGGACUUUUUCUCUUGAACCGAAGCGAGUUGCUUCCCUUCGCGAGUGAGAAACGCAUUCGUGUGUUUCUGCUUUGUGUGAAGAAAGCCAGGGGAGAAUCUCGAGAAAGAGGGAAAAAGCCCAGGCAAUUUCGGCCCGCAAUCUUGGAGGAAGGGAGAAAACGAGAAUGCCGGCACCUACAAAGGGACAAAAAACGCGUUACAUUCAUGAAGCGUUGUGAGUUCGCCUAGCCAGCAGGAUCUCGAUGCGCGGGAGGCAUUCCCCUACGUGAAAGAGACGCAUGUGCUUCAGUGAGUGAGUCGGCAAGACGCCCAAGCCAUCUGAGUGAGCUUCUGAAAAACUGGCGGCGUUCUCUCGCAGGAAGGCAGCUGUCAGGAGGCGACGAGACUCUCGCGUCGGCCAACCUCUGUCUGUGUUCUUGUCGGUUUCUUAUCUCCCGGGGAGAAGAACCUCGCGUAUUCUCCAAGUGAGACUUCUUUCUUCGACUCGUUGUUCCUCGAGUCUCCGCUUUCUCUUCUCCCGGCUGUCCUCCCCCUCGUCUGACGUGAGAUGCCUCUCCUCCCGUCCUCUCUCGCCCCUGGCCACCCAGAGUCCGGUACAUCGGCGGUGAAAGGCCGCACAACGCGUCGAGGCGACAGACCAGACUUCUACACACUCGUGAGUGGAGAGUCUUCUUGCGGAGAGGCGACGGACGCUCCUUCUUUGUCCACCCGAGAGCAAGUCGUGAGGUCAGGCGCGGCUCCGAGAAAUCGCGCGCCACUCUGCAGAGAGCCGCGCAGAGGAGAAAAGGAGCGAGGGACGAGAGAUGGCGGUCGAAAGACAAACAGAAGCGACGAGGCGCCACAAAAUGGACUGCGUCGGUGUGUGAACUGUCCGGGAUGGAAACGACUACAAAGAGAGACGCCUCGAGAGACUCCUUGCACCCCUCUCUCGCCACCCCGGAGCUGCGUUUCAGAAGACAGCUGCUUUUCUCGGGUUCGGCUGACAGCCUCGACUCCCUUCCUUUUACGCCCUGGGCCAGGGAAAAACUGCGUUCUCGAGCAGAGGAAAAGGGGGAUUUCGAGUCUCUGCACCGACACAACGAAGCAGAGGAGAACUCCGGAAGAAUGCAAAGGGUCGGCCGUGGUCCUCGCGGGAGAAGAAGCGCUGCACGUAUCCUCUCAGGAGAGAGAAUGUCGAGCUCGGUUCGACGCAGCCGCGGGCGCGAGUUUCCUCGGUCUCUACAGCCUCAGCGUUUGCAGUGUGAAUUUCCUCGAUGAUUCGCGUUUUUCUCGAACCUCCUUCUCCGUUUGAAAGGCCCCGUUUCCAGAAACAAACAUCAUUCGCGCAGACACACUGCCGGCAAAGCGGCCAGCGUUUCCUCGGUCGUCGCGCAACUUCGUCGCGUGUCUUUUUCUCCAGUGCUGUCUUUGUUCCCAGGCUGGUCUCUUCCCUUUCCUGUCAGUGAAAAUCUCGUCUAGUGAAAUACACGGAGUCGGCGGAGGCAGGCGGCUACCUGCUGUCAGCCCAAGCCGAGAGGAAACCUUUUCAGUUCUCCCGCUUCUCGGCAUUCUCGGAGAAGUCCUUGCGCUGGCCGCUCUCUGAAAGAAAAAUUGGAAAUCCAGAGAGGGAUACCUGUGGCUUUCUCUCGCAAUGCUCUCUCCUAUCCUCUCUGCAGGUCGGACGGACGCUCGCGAUCCGCAGUCGUUCGUCUUCUCCUGCCGGUCUCCGCUGUCCGGACUCCCGUGCAGACUCAGCUGCUCCGGUCCGCUGGGCUUUGUUUUCUCCACGCUUUUAGUCUCUCUUCUCUCUCCUCUUCGUCCCCUUCUGAUUCCUCGCUGAAUUCGUGUCGCUGUCGUUCUGUCUCCAUACUCCGUGCACAGGGACAGUCAAAACCCAGACCGGCUUCAUCAGCGACUGUCCCCAGGCACCGG